CUUGACGGGGCCCUGUUGGCCCCCUCCGGCUGCAGCGUUUGGAGCUUCUCGGCCGGUCCCACCCCAGCUUGUGUGCACAGGAUGUACAGCCCGAAGAAGCCGUACGACAGCCCCCCCAGCUACGGUCCCCCAGGGGAGGACUAUGGGUACGCCGUCCACUCACCCCCCCCGGGCUCCUACUACAUCGAGGACCAGCCCCAGCAUUUCUACAAGUGGACCUCCCCUCCCGGCGUGAUGAAGAUCCUGGAGGGCGUGGGGAUCCUGCUCUGCGUGGCCAUCUUCGCCUGCGUGGCCUCCACCUUCGUCUGGGACUACGGCUACGGGGGGCUCUAUGGCAGCUCCAUGGGGGGCUACUACGGGGGGGGUUACGGUGGAGGCCUGGGCGGCUACUAUGGCGGCUACGGAGGAGGCCUGGGCGGCUACUACGGCGGCUAUGGCAUGGGCUACUAUGGCGGCAUGACCAACCCCCGCUCGGCCAGCGGCUUCAUGAUUGCCAUGUCGGUGCUGUGCUUCAUCGCGCUGCUGGCCCUGGCCAUCACCAGCCUCACCAAGUCCAGGGGGGCCCGGUCCAGGCGGUUCUACUUGGUGGCCAUCGUGGUCUGCGCCCUCUUGGCCUUCCUCAUGCUGAUUGCCUCCAUCGUCUACAUCAUGGGGGUCAAUCCCCAGGCCCAGAUGUCGGGGAGCUACUACAAUGCCAACCCCAUGCUCGCCUUGUGCAACCAGGUGUACACCUCGGGAGCCGUCUUCAACCAGUACCUCUACCAUUACUGCAUGGUGGACCCGCAGGAGGCCGUCGCCAUCGUCUGCGGCUUCCUCCUGGUGAUCCUGCUCUGCAUCAACUGCUUCUUUGCCCACAAGACGCGCCAGAAGAUUUGGCGGUUUGGGAAGCCCAACAUUUACUGGGACCGGCCGCCGGUGCUGGAGGAGGGUCCCAACGUGGAGGAAUGGGUGAAGAACGUGGACGACCGGGCCAGCCCCACCGAUUCGGCCACCAUGGCGUACUCGGAGAAGCCCACCAGCCCCGUCAAUGCUCCCGUCAGCCCCUCCAACUACCGAGCUGUGGAGCGGGACUACGCAGAAGUCCAGGGCAGCCCGCCUUUCCACGCAUCCGCGGACAAGCGCGCUCGGACCUUGAGUUCCAGCACUUGGGAAGAGAAAACCCAGGAGACCCCCAGCAAGCCGCCCGCCCGCAGGGGCAGGAGGGGGCGGAGGAGGAACCCGGAGCUGGAGGAGUCCCAGUACGAGACCGACUAUACCACGGCGGUGGAGUCCAGCGACGAGCAGGACCCGGACGAGUGGGCCAGCCACUACCCACCAAUCACAUCCGCUGACGCCCGCCAGAAAUACAAGCAGGAUUUUGACACCGACCUCAAGCACUACAAGCAGCUUUGUGCCGAGAUGGACGGCAUCAACGACCAGAUCCACCAGCUCAGCAAGCAACUGGACCUCUUGCCAGAGGACACCCUCCAGUACCAGGGAGUGGCGGAGGAGUACAAUCGCCUGAAGGACCUGAAGCGCACUCCGGAGUACCAGAGCAAGAAAAUGGAGAACAAGUCCCUGAGGAAGAAGCUUUUCCACAUCAAGCGGAUGGUGAGCGAGUACGACAAGCACCGAGGGUGAGCUGGGGCGGGGCCCUGGGUGAGAGGAGCCGGGGCCCAGCUUCCUCUGGGGCCCCGAAGGACUGACUGGCAGCCGCCACGCAGCGGCCCUUCCUCUUGCCCGGCCGUU